AUGCCUCCCGCAGUGGUGGACGCCACCGUGGCCACGCCCGGCCGCCGCCGCCGCCCCGCGGCGCUCCCCAACGCCAACGCUGUCUGCGUCGUCGCCACCGCGCUCUCAGACGCCAAUGCCAACGCCGGCGCCGCGGCGCGCAGGCCCAAGGCCAAGGCCGUCGCCUCCCGCUACCUCACCCCCUCCUCCAUACCCACCUCCAUCCCCGUCUCCUCCCCUGCCAAGUCGCCAGCACCGAGGACGCCCGCCUCCACGGACCGGUCGCGUUGGGUGCUCCCCAACGGUGCCGCCGCCACGGACGCCGCGGCGGCGUCCGGCGGAAGCGGCGCCACCACGACGAGACGCACGCUGGCGGUCGCGUUCCAGAGCCCGGCAUACUCCUUGGAAUCCAGCAGGACGAGCUCCGCCUCCGCGUCGUCCGCCGCGGAGCCGGCGGCGGCCACGCCGGAACCGAAGAGGCCCACUGCGCGCGCCAAGGUGUCCUACGCUAGCCAGAACACGUACCGGUGGCCGCCAGCGUCGGCUUCGUGCGGGCGCGACGGCCGCGCGCUCGCCACGAGCGCGGAACUCUCUGCUCCGACCAAGAAGGAGACUCAGGCGAUCGCCGCCAUCUUCAGCGCCGCGCGGUCGACGGCGUUCCGCGGGACCCCGAGGCGCGCGUCGGUGGACGGUGCCAACGAGUACCUGCUGGCGUUGUCCUCCGACACGGACAGCGCGUCGUCCCAACGCAGCGUCGGUUCGGUGCCGCGCCCGUCGCCGAGGAGCGCCAUGAGCUCGUCCGCGCUGUUCACGCGGGACGGCAUGGGGACCCGCUCCGAACGCUUCGCCUACCGGGUCAUGCCGUCGCCGUCACGCGCGCCUGCCACGUCGUCUCCGGCGUCGGCGCCGGUGAAGAAGAGGUCACUGUUCACCGGCUUGCUGUCUUCGCCGUUCAGCAGGGCGUCUCUGAAGCAACCGUCGCCGAGCAAGCCGGUGGCCAGCGCGUUCAGGAGGGCGGCCAGCUCGUCGUCCCCGGCCCGACGCUCCACGGAGGGGCCUACCUCCGCCGGGAACACGCAAGGUAAGAGCUGCGGCGUGGACGGUGACAUGAAGUGCAGGCUCCCGGCGGCGAUCAAGACCGAGGAGGAGCACCAGCUGAGACUACUCUACACCCGGGAGUUGCAGUGGCGGCUCGUGAAUGCACAGGCUCGAGCUGCGCUUUCGUCGCAGACCAUGGAUGCAGAGAAAAACUUGUGUGGCGCGUGGGUUUCUAUCCUGAGGAUGCGCAAAUCGGUCGCCAUUAGAAAGAUGCAGCUCCAGUUUCUUCGAAACAACUGCAAACUCAUGGCAAUUCUGAGAGGACACAUGAAAUACCUGGAAGAAUGGUCCUUUUUAGAGAGGGAUCAUGGCCAUUCUUUGUCAGGAACAACACAGGCUCUGACUGCUACCGUCCUGCGCCUUCCUGUCUCAAAUGGUGCAAUGGCAGAUAUUCAUGGAAUAAGAAAUGCUCUUAGCUCUGCGGUUGAUGUCAUGCAUACUAUAGGAAACUCAACAAGAACCCAGCUGCCUAAGUUAGCCCGGACAAAUGUCUUGGUGUCCCAGCUCUCCAGAGUUUUCAUUCAAGAACACAUUCUGAUGGCGCAGUGCAGAGAUUUGCUGUCCACACUAGCAUCAAUGCACGUGACGUACAGCAGCCUACAAGGGCAGAGGAUACAGCUGAACCAAAGGCGUCAGUAUCUUCAGUAG